AUGGCCAUGUCUCUUCUGCUUCCGAUCAAUCCUCCGUCUCUGUUACCGUCACAUUUCCAAGCCUUGGACAGAAGCUACAGAUGGUUUCCGGUUCGAACUGGAUCAAAACCGGGUUGUUUAGCAUCGAUUAGAGCCCAAACAGUAAGUGGUGGUGACCAAGGGGAGGAGAAGGUAGUGAUUGUUGGCGCCGGGAUUGGCGGACUCGCCACCGCUGUUUCUCUUCACCGGCUAGGAAUCCGGUCGGUGGUGCUGGAGCAAGCAGAGUCGCUUCGGACCGGAGGAACAUCGCUGACGCUAUUCAAGAAUGGUUGGCGCGUUCUGGACGCCAUCUCCGUGGGACCUCAACUCCGAACGCAGUUCCUCGAAAUCGAAGGGAUGGUAGUGAAGAAAGAAGAUGGAAGAGAGCUUCGUUCUUUCAAAUUCAAAGACGAAGAUCAAAGCCAAGAAGUUCGAGCGGUGGAGAGGCGAGUUCUCUUGGAAACACUUGCAAGCCAACUACCUCCACAAACCAUUCGGUUUUCCUCAAAACUCAAAACAAUACAAACCAAUCCCAAUGGUGACACUCAACUCCAACUUGAAGAUGGAACCCAAUUGCUAGCAAAUAUUGUUAUUGGUUGUGACGGAAUACGGUCUAAAGUAGCGACUUGGAUGGGUUUCAGUGAGCCGAGAUACGUUGGCCAUUGCGCAUUCCGUGGACUUGGCUUCUAUCCAAACGGACAGCCAUUUCAGAGAAAAGUGAACUACAUAUACGGAAAAGGGAUUCGAGCUGGUUAUGUACCUGUCUCUACCACAAAAGUCUACUGGUUCAUCUGUUUCAACAGCCCCUCUCUAGGACCGAAAAUCACGGAUCCAGCUAUACUUAAAGGACAAGCCAAAGAAAUGGUUAGUACAUGGCCUCAAGAUCUCCAAAACCUCAUCGACCUAACACCAGACGAAACAAUCAGUAAAACUCCACUUGUAGACCGGUGGCUAUGGCCUGGCAUCGCUCCUCCAGCGUCGAAAGGCAGAGUGGUUCUUGUAGGUGACGCGUGGCAUCCGAUGACGCCGAAUCUUGGUCAAGGCGCUUGUUGUGCCUUGGAAGAUUCCGUUGUUCUUGCGAACAAACUCGCCGGCGCGAUCAGUAAAGGGAGUGAGUCGGUUGAAGAGGCGAUGGAGUCGUAUGGGAGCGAGAGAUGGUCUCGGGCGUUCCCGUUGACGGUUCGUGCGAAUCUAGUUGGAGCGCUUCUGCAAUGGGACAAUCCUCUUGUGUGUUCGGUGAGGGACAAUGUGGUCAUACCGAAGUUAUUGAGGCUCGGUCCAAUGCUGGAGCACACGAACUUCGAGUGUGAGCCUCUCUCUGUUUCAAAAACUUGA